AUGCCCGCAGAGAGGCACGCCUCUCAGCAUCCACGCCACGAUGAGCUCGGCAUCCCACCAACAAAGCACGACCCCGAGCUCGACAACGGCGACGCAGACACUCCCAAAAAGCAGACCGCUCGUCGCAGAGCCUAUGCAAAACGAAGCUGCCUCAAGUGCCGCGAGAAAAAGGCCAGAUGCGAACUGCCAGAUCACAGCCUCACCACACCUUCCUCCAUGACGCCACUCUCACACAACAUGGCCUGCCACCGAUGCAAGGUGCUCUCCCUCGACUGCGUCGUAUGGGACGGUGACAGAAAGCGUCGUCCAAAGGUACAUGCAUCCGCCUCCACCUCCGCCUCUGCCUCUGCCACACCGGCCCCCGUAAAGUCAGAACCCAGCUCCUCCCGUCUGCCUUCCUCCCCGCCACGCAGUCCCGGAUCGCUCGAACAGCUCGCCGCCGCAGCAGCUCACCUCUCCGAUCGAAACACCGCCUACGACGAUCCACCAGACAUGUCGCCCCGCGGCCCCGCCUCCUCCAACGACGCUUCCAGCUCCCGAGAAGCCGCCUCAACCCUUGCCUCGGUCCAAUUCUUCAACCCCAUCGCAGAGGACGCAUCAACACCCUCCUCCGUCGCUUCCCCUGCAUCCUUGCGUGGGCCCGACCGCUCCCACUGGUCCACCAAUCCAUCCGCAAGAGACCCCGCAAGAUCCCCCGCCGAUCGCAAGCCUGGCUUUCCCGGCUCCGCCCCUUCCCCCUCCACCACCACCGCCUCCUCCUCCACCCCCUCCAAGGUGCAGCCUCCCGGUCGCACCUGGACCUCGCUCUGGAGACCCCUCUCGGUGCUCAUCGACUACGCCGCCCAACAGCCCAGCUUCACCACCUACCUCCUCUGCCGCAUCGAUCGCUCGCUCACCAACAUCGACAUCCUCGACCUCAUCCCGCGCCACACCCUCGCCCACCUCAAGCCCUUCCUCAAGCCCUACAUCCUCUGGCAUCCGCACCUUCCCAGCCUCGACCACAUGUACAACGAACACUGCAAGCGUCCCACCGUCUCCAGCGCACUCCUCCUCAGCUCCAUGUGCCUUGUCGCCUGCCGCCACGCCAUGCCGCUCACAGAUCCCCUCCCCGUCAAACUCUCCACCCUAAUCGACCAGCUCGGCACACAGAUCCUACUCUCCACACCCAGGGACAUGUACACCGUACAGGCGCUCGAGCUUCUGCUCGCCCACGAACCUUCCCUCGUCGGAACCAGCGUCGCCGGCUCCGCACAGGCCGAGCGCGGCAACGGCCUUCUCGGCGAGUCGCUCCUCGCCGCCGCCCUCACCAUCGCACGCGGCCUCGACCUCGACAAGGCCAUCGACAACCUCGUCGAUCUCUGCAACAGGCCCGCCCCUUCGGAUGACAGGCACGCCAAGCAACGCCGCGAUCUGCUCGCCAAGCACGCCGCCGGCGCUUCCAUCUGGCUCAGCCUCCGCAUCUGGGAGGGUCACUUUUCCUUUGUCAACUCCACCGUGCGACCCAUCGAGCUCGGCGACAUUGUCGACAAGGCCGACGUCAUGGUCGCCAUCGACAACGACGGCCGCAAGAUCGAACGCAGGGACCGCGAUCCCUUCCUCACCACCGAAAAGCGAUUCCCAGGUCUCGACGAGGACAGCAUCCUGCGCUCCGCCGGUCGCACCGGCCUCGUCUAUCGACUUAAAGCCAUGGCGCGCUUCCAGGACACCAUCGCUGGCAUGUACAGCAUCCUGGCCAAAGGCGCCAAGCAGCCCACCCCGCCGGCUCUCAUCCCCACUACGCAACAAACUCGCCAGGAGCUCCUCGAGCUGCUCACCGACUCGUCCAACCAACAGCUGAUCUGGCAAAGCGCAAAGCACCUCGCUUUCAGCCCCUUUGCUAGUGUCAGACCCGCCUUGCUGCUCGAAGACUGGGCGACCAUGGAGUCGUUUUCACUGCAGGAGCUCUUGCCGUGCCUCGCCAUCUGUGCCUUCAUGACGGGCGAGCUCAACCGCGGCUUUUCCGCCAACGAGAUGAUCGAAGGUCUUCGCGUCGAUCAGAGCUUCCGCGACCAGUCCACCUGCAUCUCCGAAAAGCGCGACGUCGAGACGUACCACAUGCUCAGCGCCUUCCACCUCUUCGACCGCGGCCUGGGCUAUUCGCAGCCCGACAUCCUCACGCGCGGUCGCGUGCAUUCCAAGAUGCAGCGGGGCGGUGGCCUGUGGAUCGAAGCCACGGGCGCUCCACUGUUGCUCACCACGGCCUUUGCCACCGACGGAUGCAAGACGUUCCUCGAGAAGACGGCAUGCUCGCUCUACGGCUUUGACCAUCUGCCUGUCACGGCAGACAUGCAUCUCGUGAUGAUGAUCAACACGCGCUCGCGCCUCGAAGAGUGCGAUCGCAACGAGUAUCUGCCUCCGCUUCGCAAGCGUUCCAGCAUGCCGCCUCCCUCGCGUCGGCUGUCGAGCCUCACACCGGAUCUCAACGACAAGGAGGAGGCGGUGCAGGGCAGGAGCAUCUCGCAGAUCGGUGUCAUCUUCAUCGAGGAGAUGGCGCAGGGCAUGCAGAAGUGGAAGCUUGGUGCAUCGCUCCACCGCGCGAUUCCGUACCACUUCCGGAACAUCUUCGGAAAACAGCGAGCUGAAGCGGCGGCCCAGCCCAAAGGUCCCUCUCCAGGACAUCCCUCGAUGGAUGCGAGUCAUCCAGACGAAGCCUCUGUGCCGCGCAAGCUAGAUUCGAACAUGGCCGAGGGAAGUCUGAGUCAAGCGCAGUCGUUUUCGCACAACUUUCAGUCGAGCUUCGGCGCUGCUCCCCAACCAUCCGCCACGACUGCUUCGAGCUCGAAUGGGGGCAUGUUUGACAUCCCCACCUUUGACCUGUUUGGGCCGGCGAGUACGACCGACUGGACGAAUCACGUGCCUUGGUUCGACCCUAUCGACACGAGCGCAUCCAUGCCUGGGCUUGCGCAGCAGCCUGCACCGCAGUGGGAGGGGAUGGGGAUGGGACCGAUGCAGAAUACCUGGCCUGCACCCCAGAGGCAGCGGGUGGAUACGUUGCCGCCGCUGCAGUAUGCGGGUAUGCCGCCGCCGCCGCCGAUGCAGCCUCAGGCGCCGAUGCACGCGCAUGGCUAUCCCGCCCACGCGCCCACCCAUCCAGCUGCAGGCACGGCGUGGAAGGAUGCAGGCCAGACUCAUACCAACGGACACCAGCAGCAUCACUACAAUCACCACCGUCCCUACUACAAUCAGGCGCACCAGGCGCAUCAGCCACAUCAGGCCCACCAGCCACAUCAUGGCGGACGCUAG